CUACGCCAAUGCCAUGCCAAACGGUAACGAAGGCAGACGAUAGACGAUCGCCUCGCCUCGCCUCGUCUCGUCUCUCCACCGAGGGGUAACACUUGUUCGAUUCGUGUAUUACAGUAGUUUCUUGAUAGCCAGCUCCACGUACGGACGCGCACGGGAACGAACACGGAAAACAAACGAUCGGGAGAUCGAUGUGGGUCUACAUUAAGUAUUUACCGACAAUAACAAUAACACAAUGGCCACAGGAGGAGAAACAAAUUGCUAAAUAGUAAACGGAAAACAUACGCACAUUGCGCGGUGUCAGCAGAAGCAGAAGAUCUCGAUGUGCAAAACCGCAACGUCCUGAAGGCCAAUUGAAGUUUGUGUGGCAUUAGGUAACCAGAGACGCGAACCGAACGGUUCUAUCAGCAGAAAACAGGCCAAGUGCUAGUGCUUGGCGCAUUAAUCGAAAAGCAAAGAAACAAAAAAAAAACAAAAAAACUAUAUAUAAAAAACAGCCAUAUCAGCAGUACGUAUUCCUUCCACUUUGACGUACUUCACUCAAAUAUGAAAGCAUUGUGUCAGUUGUCCAUCAGCUGCUGAUGGUUGAUCCCCCCGAGCUCUGUCCACAGUCGACGCAGCAACAACAAUUGUCUGGCAAUGUAUCGGAUAUACUAAGUGGAAAUGGAUCCGAUGAUUAGACAGAGAUAUUAUCUGUGGUGGUCUAGCCACAUUUGGCUUUUGAUACACCUGUAUUUCUGUGGCUUUCAACAAGCUCACGGCUACUUUGUGGAUUAUACAGAGAACACAGAGUUGAUACAGCAGCGUGCCGGAUACGAUGUGAAGCUGCAGUGCAAUCUGAAGGGUCUGCUGGACGAGAGCAAGCUGGCCGAUAUCCAGAUACAUUGGUUCUUUAAGCAAUGCAGCGACAAUAAUUGCUAUCAGCCCGAGGCGGCCGAUGACUGGACAGCCCUGCCCUGCGAACCGAGUCUGUGCCGGCCAGAGCUCUGGCUGCGGAACGUAACGGAGCGCUAUUCCGGACUCUACAAAUGCAGCAUCAAUCCGCACGUCUGGGACGAGGCGCAGUCGGUGGACGUGCAGCUAGUGCGCACCUACCAGCUAGAUGUGAAGAACAGUUCACUGGCUGCUCCCGAGUUCAUGGAUUCGUAUCCCAGCAACAAGACCGCCUCGCUGGGCAGUCGGGUGGUUUUCCAGUGUAGGGUGCACAGCGAGGAGCAUCCAACAAUCAAGUGGUUUAAGAGGCACUCCUUCGUGGGUUCCCUGCCAGCCGGUGAGGGACCCUCCGCAUCGCCUGCUUCCAAUUUCAGUGCACACAUCGUACGCUACGAUGGACGCACCUAUGAGCUGCUGUCCACGGCCUCGGAGAUGAUGAUCGGACCGCAGAUCUAUCUCAGCAAGCUGAUUCUUGACGGCGUGCGACUGAGGGAUGCCGGACACUAUGCUUGUGCAGCCAUCAGCUAUCGCGGGCACAAGAUCCGCGAGGCCUUUCUGGACGUUCUGCCAGCUGAAGAGCAGGACGAGGAGUACUGGAACGAUUACGACAACAGUGAUGAAGGUGUUCCCGGCAGCGAUCCGCGCGAGUUUCUGCUGCUAUUCCUCAUGCCCUUGGGCCUGGCUCUGCUACCCCUGACCGUCUGGUGCAGUUAUCUCGUGUACAAGCGCUUCUCUGGACACGGAGACUGCCAGCGCAUGGACUCGGAUGAGGAGCUCGACACGGAGCGGUGUGUCCUGGGUGGCAACUGAUUCCGAUUACUGACCGGGGCAAGCUGCAAUACGCUUAUUACGAUUACGAGUGAAGACUGUCCAUAGUUCUACGAUUAGAUUACUAGAUUAAAUGUGUAAAUUAAGUGUUUUCUUUAAACAUACAUGGAGUUUUCGUUAUCCAGA